UUAACAUUUACGACUAUAUAAUAACCAUGUAACGCUACAAUGUAAAUUUUAAAAAGUCCAAUUACAUUACAGCUCUUGCGAAUUCUGGUUAGUAAGACUGCUAAUUUUCUGAGCAGAGUCGUUGGGCGACGGCAAGUUUCGUCCCUGGAAUUUAGAGCAGAGAGGGCGCUCUCAACUUUUCAUUUUCUCCUCCAAUGACACAACCUCUGUACUCUCCUCAUCACCUCCCAGGAUCGUUGAUGGGCAAUGCAUCGAUCAUUGUGCAGACAGUGAGGACAGGCGCUGCAAAUGAGAUAGCAUUAAGAUACACGUUGAACGGUGGCCUGCUGGAGUAAAUUAGCAUGAUGCUAGCUUUGGUUAGCAGCUCCCUGAAUUAACGUAUGUCUGACACAUAGACACCCAGGUUAACCUCACCUACAGAUUUUACCUCGAAGCUCUCCAGUAAGGUAGCUGAGAGGAGGGGAGACCUUUUCUGACCUACCAUGGCUCCACAUCCAGUAGUCCAGGCCAUCAUUGAUCUCUCUGCAGGAGCCACAGGGGGAGCUGCGUGCGUCUUCAGCGGGCAGCCUCUAGACACAGUAAAGGUCAAAAUGCAGACCUUUCCUAAGCUGUACCGCGGUUUCAUCCACUGCUUCGUGUCUACCUACAAACAAGUGGGUCUGCGUGGGCUCUACCAGGGCACUACUCCGGCGCUGAUGGCCAAUAUCGCCGAGAACGCCGUGCUCUUCAUGAGUUACGGCUUCUGUCAGCAGGUCAUCCGCUUCACAGCCGGCCUGCACAGCGAGGCUGUGCUGAGUGACGUGCAGAAAGCCUGUGCUGGCUCAGUAGCGUCCAUCUUCUCAUCGCUGGUGCUCUGCCCCACUGAGCUUGUCAAGUGCCGACUACAAGCCAUGCAUGAAAUGGCAUCAUCAGGCAAGAUUGCCAGUAGCCAGAACACUGUGUGGUCAGUGGUGAAAUUCAUCAUAAGGAAUGAGGGACCACUGGGCUUCUUCCAGGGUCUGACCACCACUAUAGCCAGAGAGGUCCCCGGUUACUUCUGCUUCUUCGGUGCCUACGAACUCUGCCGCACAACUUUUGCAGACUACAUGAAAUGUGGCAAGGAUGACAUAGGUGUGGCUCCAAUUGUGUUCAGCGGCGGUUUUGGAGGGGCGUGUCUGUGGCUGGUGGUCUACCCUAUGGAUUGUGUCAAAUCUCGUAUUCAAGUCAUGUCUAUGAUGGGCAAACAGGCGGGCUUUUUCAAGACCUUCAUGACCAUCACUCGCACUGAAGGUGUGAGGGCGCUCUACUCUGGUCUUACCCCCACCAUGAUCCGCACCUUCCCUGCUAAUGGAGCUCUGUUUCUGGGUUACGAGGCCAGCCGGAAGCUCAUGAUGAAGCAGUUUGACAGCUAAAACGGUCCACAUCCUUAACACAAAUGAAGAAACGGCAAACUGAAAGUGAAGUAUUAUAGCCAUAUGACCUUAUACGUGGGCUCUGAAAACUGCCACACUCCAUCUCCUUUGAGACUGAAGCAACUCGCUUUUGACUCAGCGUUUACAUCACAGUAUUACUCUGGUUCUUACAUAGAAUAAUUUUUAGUUUUUUAAUACUUCGGUGGAAAAAAUACAGUCACCUGCCACUUUGUUAGGUACACCUGUUCUGCUGCUCAUUAACCAGCCAAUCACAUUCAUAGUUCAGCAUCAGAAUGGGGAAGACGUGUGAUUUUGGUAAGUGUGAACAUGGCGUGGUUGUUGGAGUAUUUCAGAAACUGCUGAUCUGCUGGGAUUUCACCUAAUAAAAUGUCUAAGCAUAGCACAGUAUUGAGCAAACAGCCUCUUUACCAGGAACUGCCAGCACUUCCGUUUAUUAUUUUACCUCUACCUCAACAAGGUCAUCGUCACACGUAACGAUUCUUUCACACGGGAUCGGUUACCUGAUUAAAGAGGAGAGUUGUUGUGAAAGCCCCCUGUGGUCAUACAAGCAGCACUCGGGGCUCUUAUCCACUCCACAUGCACUACUUGAAGGCACAAAUACAUUCCUGUCUCUUCAAGUUGUGUAGAGACAUGAAUAAAAUGACUCUUUUAGGUUUUGAGAUUAUAUUUAGGGCAAAACUUAAUAUGACUAUGUAAAGAUAAUAAAGCGGCAUAUGCUAUUUCAGUAAAUUUUAUUAACUAUUUUUAAAUUUUAUUAACUCAUUAUAGAAUCAUUGGCAGCAAUGUGGACACCUUAAUUUGGGAUCUCACCUGGGUUUGUCUGUCUGGGUAGUUCUGCUCAUAAAUUCUGCUGCUUUCAGAAGGAACAUCGAUUUGUUUUAAAUCAUAGGCUGAUUAUUCUUUGUCAUGGUUGCCAUACUGUACUCCACUCCGUGCUGUGAUUCUUCAGUAUGUUGAGACCCAGCAUUAAUCUUUUUUUGUGUGUGUAACCUUUGCCUGAUUAUGUGCCAUUUCCCAUAUGUUUUCCCCUUUCAAUGCUGAGUUUGCAGUUCAGAAUUCUCAAUCCUGUUCUCUUCAGUUUUAUACAGAAGUGUAGAUAUUUUAUCCUGGAAAUGCUAACGAAAGACGGAGAACUGUUUGUACAUCAAACCUGAUAUUUAUUGUACUAAUGCAGCCUACAUUAAAAGUAAGAUUUAUUUUA